CGACAGCAACCAAUCAGACACUCUUCUCAACAUUACCAAGGCAACAUCACUGUCGGUGUCUGUGUUCAUGAAGGACAUCUUUGAGACGUACACGCUGUCCGUGUGGGCCAGGACCAACAACCACUCUUCACUCCCUGCCACAACCACAUUCGAACCAUUCACCACGGUGCUGGGUCCUCCUCUGGUGCGUGUGGAGGGAUGUGGGGACUGUCUCCUGGUCAACAGAACUCUGCUCCAUGGUGACGGUAUCACACCUGAACACUUCAGAGACUACUGCAGAGUAGUGAAAUUUGACAUCCAAUGGAGGAAGGCAAAGGAGGACACGGUGAUACACCUGCCGUCCAGGCGCCAGCAGACUAAGAUAAAUAACCUGGCUCCUGGAGAACGUUACUGUGUUAAGGUGGUGCUCAAAUUCACCAUCUCCAUCCCAAACACUCUCGCCUCUGAUUGGCAGUGUGCUUGGACAAGCCCCGCCUCUCCACCAGCAGGGCUGUAUCUUCUGGGCUGGUCGGUGGGGACUGUGUGUGUUGGUGUACUGCUCAUGAUGCUGUCCAGCGGUCUCUACUACAGUGGCGCCAUCUGCAGGCCAAAGCUGAAACUGCCCCAAAACCUGGUGAGAAACUGUCCUUUGCUCUUCUCUAUACUGUCCUCUUCUGUAUUUAUGAGUGUGUGUGUGUGUAGGGAGCCCUGGCGCCAACAGAGCCUCCUGCUGCAGCAGCGCUCCCCUGCAGACCCCCACACUCACCACCAGGGGGAGCCCCAGCAGCGCUCCCCUGCAGACUCCCACACUCACCACCAGGGGGAGCCCCAGCAGCACUCCCACUCCCCUGCAGGCCCUCAUGCUCACCACCAGAGGGAGCUCCAUCUGGUGCUGCUGGAGGCUGCUGCACUCACAGGGUAG